AUGAGGGAAAAGCAACCACUAUGGAUUUUCAAGCGUUGGCCACAGUACAACGACCGCAGCACAUUGGACAUCAUCACAGAAAUGCGUCGUGUACAAAGGAUCACCAAAUUCAACUCGACCGCGAAAGCCACAGUAUUGAUUAUCAUUGUUUUUGGGAUAUUAGUGUUGCAUAUCUGGUAUUUUCAUUAUAGUUGCACAAUCAGCCUAUUAACAAGCGAACAUGACGGCACCAUUCUCAGUUUGAUGUACGCAAUGGGAGUGGCAAAUGAUCAGCUAGUACCGUAUGCCUCGUCGCUUAUCAUGGAAAUCUACAGGAAUGGAAGUAAUUUUGAAAUUGAGGUGAGCCAUUUGAAGUACGAAAACGCUGAGAAACUGGCGAAGUUAAUGUAUAACAAGUUGGUAGUCAGUUAUGAAGAGCAGCAGGCGGUACGUUACGUGACGUUCUAA